AUGCAAUCUCGAUUUUACUGUGAAGUAUUUGCUGGCCAUUGCAAGUUACGCAAAACGGAUGUUAAGAGAGAAAGAGUACAAAUGGAAAAGAGAUUUCUGAAAAGUCAACGACAUAUUUUAGUGGUUUAUCAUGAUCAUAUCACAAAAAAAAAUUCACAAAAUAAAGCAAAAUAUUAUUUUUAUUCACUUAAGAUAGAUUAUGUAACCCAUAUGGAUGAACUGGCGAAGAUGGUUGGUGUGAAACCGAAUUUGAUGAAACUGGUUCACUGA